UUUGAACCUUCUCACUGUAACUUUGGAACACACCCAUAACGAUGAGCGCCCUUCCUUUCCUCCUACUUUCCCUCCUGCUUGUUUCCACGUCCUGUGCGGCACAGGAGUCGGAAGUCCCCACAAAGUACGGGCGAAUCUCCGGCUACAUUACCGACUACAACGGCGCGGGCGUGCGCACGUUCCUCGGCGUACCCUUCGCCAAGCCGCCGACCGGAGAGCUGCGCUUCAUGCCGCCGGAGGAGCCCGAGCCCUGGGACGGGGUCCGAGAGGCGACCGGCUACGGGUCGGCGUGCCCGCAGGAGAGCAUGUACCUCCAGGGGUUUGCCGAGCCGUUCGCCACCGUGAACGUACCGUGGAGCGAAGACUGUUUGUACCUGAACGUGUAUGCGCCGGUUAGGGGAUCCAGCACUGAGGACCCCCUAGCCGUGAUGGUGUACAUCCACGGAGGCGGCUGGCAGGCCGGGACGGGGUCAGGCAACAACGGGACUCAACUUGCUACCGAGAACAACGUCAUCGUGGUCUCACUCAACUACAGACUUGGAGUGUUCGGGUUCCUGGGAACGGGGGACCAGCAUGCCCCGGGAAACGUGGGCCUGUUAGACCAGACUCAGGCCAUCCGCUGGGUCAGGGACAACAUCGCUAACUUUGGCGGGGACGUCAACAGGAUCACGAUAUUCGGGCUGUCUGCCGGCGGCAUGGCGGUGAGUCUCCAUCUCCUGUCCCCGCUCAACUCCGGGCUGUUCCGCCGCGCCAUCACACAGAGCGGCUCCCCGUUCACUCCGGGCUUCCUGGGAACAAAGGAGUCUGCACUAGCCGACGCCAGGCGGUUAGCUCAGUCCUUGGGAUGUGACAGGACCUCCACAGAGGACGUUGUAUCGUGCCUGAAGUCUAAGACAGCCCAAGACGUUCUGACGACCUCCUCAGCCGUACAGACCCCUACCCACAUCUCCUUCCUCCCCAUCGUGGAUGGAACAUUCCUGCCUACGUCACCGGAGGAGAUCUUCGCGGAGGGAUCUGUGGAAGCCCGGGACUAUAUUCUUGGAGUCACUAGCAUGGAAGGCGGUAUCGUCCUCUAUGACGACUUGAACGAAAAGAUCGUCUCUGAAGAAACCUUCCAAGAACACUUGGAGUACGUGAUGGCGUCUUACAACACGAACCUGGUGCAGAUAACACACGCGGCCAAGUUUGAGUACCUCAGAAACCUCACGGCCAGCCCACGUGACAUGCAGCUGGACUUCAUGACGAUGUACGGUGAUUGGCUGUUCGUUGCCCCGACAACACGAAUGGCGAGAGAGUUCGCCAACACCGGGAAUCCGACGUACCUAUACAACUUCGAUCACAUCACCAGCUAUUUAGAUCACCCAUGGAUUGGUGGAGCCGCCCAUGCCGAGGAGAACUACUACCUGUGGCCGUCUGACAACUCCGACAUGAUGACUGACCAAGAGAAACUGUUGGGGAGGCGGAUGAGGACAAUGUGGACCAACUUCGCCAAAACCGGGAACCCCAACUCGCAGGAUCUGCCGGUGACGUGGCCGCAGUACGACCAGCACGGCCGGCAGUACCUCACCCUGUCUACCAACAUGGGCCCGGGCUCAGUACAGGCACAUCUCCGCUCGAAACAGGUGUUUUUCUGGAACUACAUGGUGUCAGCGCUGGCGCGAGUGUGCUGUGCCUGUACCGGGGCCGUGUCCUCCGCCACUGCCGGGAUGUCAGCCUCCGUGUGGACCGCUGUGGCUCUCCUGGUCGGCUGGACUCUGGCAACACGAGUCGGGAUGGUUUUGUAAUGAGAUAUUGUCAUUAGA